GUAUUUGUGGUAGACGAUACAUAUAAAAUGCGAAAUUCGAAAUAAAAGAUUGCUUGCAUCCUUGAAAGAGGUUCGCGAAUUCUCUCCCGUUUGAUCCGCCGUCGUCGUUCUCGUUCUCGUUCGUUUCCCCAGUUCAAGACCUAGUUCUGCUGAAAUCUUCAUGGGAGAAAGUAAUUGAACGCGAUUGUUGUUGUUCAUGGCUACCUUAAACGGGAGAGUUACAUAUUCUUCCCUUUCUAAUGUUGCAAAGAGUAAUGCAGUCCCGAAUGGCGAAGAUGAUUGCGAUUCUCUCUGGGCCAUACCUAAUGGUAGUGCGCCAUUCCAUACAAGCUCGAAAUUUCCUGUUGAAUCUGAAGACUUUACUGAUGACGGGUAUGAUUCAAGUGAAGAAUUUGAUAACCCAGAGCAAAAUAGUGUGCGUCCGGAGGUUAAUUUAAAAAAUGUUUUGAAUGGGAUGUUUGCUAUAUUGACUGGCGCGAAUAAAUCUUCGGAUGUCUCCUCCGAUAAACAAGUUCCCAGUUCAAAUGUUUCAUUCCUUGGGUCUGAAAAAAAUGGAGAUACCUAUUUGCACUCAUCGGUCUACAUUCCCAGUGCCCCACCUCUACUUGAGCCGAAUAUGAUUAAUUAUAAUGCUUAUAAAGAUGUUUUGGAGGCUGAGCCCCCAGAGUGGCUUCCAGAUAGCUCUUCUUCAAUUUGCAUGCAGUGUACUGCCCCUUUUACUGCAAUCACUCGUGGUAGGCAUCAUUGUCGAUUUUGUGGAGGGAUUUUCUGCCGAGCCUGUUCAAAGGGAAGGUGUUUAAUGCCCGUUAAGUUCAGAGAGAGAAAUCCACAGAGGGUAUGCGAUGCCUGCUAUGACAGGCUUGAUCCUUUACAGGGUAUACUUAUUAACAGCACUAGCAAUGCUGUGCAGAGGGCGAAACAUGAUGUGAUGGACUGGACGAGCAGUAGAGGGUGGUUAAAUCUCCCUAUUGGUAUGUCCAUGGAAUAUGAGAUAUACAAAGCAUCCAAAACACUAAGAGGAUACUUCCAGGUCUCAAGACUAAAUCCUGAAAAGUCUAUACCCUGGGCUGUACUGAAGGGGGCCAAAGGGCUUGCUAUUUUGACAGUCGCUAAAGGUGGAGUGUUGGUUGCAUACAAAUUUGGCACUGGGUUGGUUAUUGCCCGAAGGUCUGAUGGUUCGUGGUCUGCCCCUUCAGCCAUACUAUCCGUUGGAUUAGGAUGGGGUGCCCAGAUUGGAGGUGAGCUCAUGGAUUUCAUUAUCGUCCUUCAUGAUUCAAAAGCUGUUAAGACAUUCUGUAGCCGUAUGCACUUUUCACUUGGUGCUGGGUGUAGUGUCGCUGCUGGUCCUGUCGGUAGGGUGUUGGAAGCAGAUCUCCGAGCUGGAGAUAGGGGUUCUGGCAUGUGCUAUACAUAUAGUUGUAGCAAAGGCGCAUUUGUUGGAGUAUCAUUAGAAGGAAACGUGGUUGCAACAAGGAUGAGUACAAAUCUACGCUUCUAUGGUGAUCCUUAUCUAACCACCUCCGACAUUCUGCUGGGGACGGUGGACAGACCCAGGGCUGCAGAGCCUUUGUACUCUGCUCUUCACGACUUCUAUUCCAUUCUACAAUGACCCAACUCCCUCACUGUACAGCAGAUGUCUCCAUGGCUAUGAACUGUGGAAGCUCUGAUCUAAAGUUCAUACUUCCUAGUUACUACGAUGUUUAUGCCUGUAAGUUCACAACUUAACUGUAAAUUACCAUACAUCCACAUAUAUAGAAGAACAUAUAAUUCUUUUCUUUUCUCUUUA